AUGUGGUCUAUUGAUCACCGACCGUUGAAAACCACAAAACUUGUCAUUGUCACUCUCGCUAGUACAUUCAUUUCCUUAUUUUUUGUCCUUUUUUAUUUGCAUCACGCUGGCAAUAGUGAUGCCCUCAGUCUUUUGACUUUUGACUUUACAUUUUCCAACAGACCUACGUUAGAGGAGCUGGCCUCCGACAACAAUAAUAUUGAAAACCAUGAGGAAUUACCCGACUAUGAAUAUGAUGUCGAGUUGGUGGUUGCAAGCUUGAAGCAACAGCAUACUUCUUGGUACUCGACAUAUUUUCCGGAUUGGAAAUCUAAUAUCUACGUUGUAGAUGACCCCGGCGCGUCUUUGACAGUGCCGCUGAAUAAAGGUAACGAAGCGAUGGUGUACUUGACGUACAUCAUCGACCGCUAUGAUACUCUCCCUAAUAACACACUCUUUCUCCAUGCUGAGAGAUUUCAAUGGCAUAAUGAUAAUCCCGAUUAUGAUGGCUAUCCCUUACUGCGGGACUUCCAAUUUACCUACUUGCAGGAAGAAGGUUAUGUGAAUCUGCGUUGUGUGUGGACGAUCGGUUGUCCAGUAUCAAUUCACCCAUUCGAGGACGAGGUUAUUAGUGAACAGCACCAGGACCAAACAACUGGUGAGAUAUAUAAGCAUGCGUUCGAGGAGCUGUUACCGGAGUACCCUGUUCCUGGUGAAGUUGGAAUAAGCUGCUGCGCCCAGUUUGCAGUCACAAAGGAGGUGAUUCGUCAGCGACCCAAGGAAGAUUAUAUUCAUUUCCGGGACUGGUUGUUGAAUACACCGUUUGACAAUGGGCUGAGCGGCCGAGUCUUUGAGUAUUCCUGGCAUAUUAUAUUUGGAAAAAGCCCCGUCUAUUGCCCUUCAGCAGCGGAAUGUUAUUGUAAGGUCUAUGGGAUGUGUGAUCUUCCGAAUUGUUCGGAAGGCGAGUGUGAUGGACAGUAUCAUCUGCCUCCGUAUUCAACACUACCACAAGGCUGGCCGAGAGUUGGCUGGAAUGGAGAGGAGAGGCCUUUUGCGGGCCCACUAUGA